AUGACUAUGGAAGGUCACCAGCCAUUCAGGGCGAUUUAUCACCUGUAUGAUGAUGAGGAGGGGGAAGGGGAGUUCAUCAUGACCCUCGAGUCUGUGCUUAUUCGCUACACAGGGUGUGGGCAGGUGAGUAGAAAUUUUCAACAUGACGUGGGAGACGGGAAGAGAAGUCUGGGGGACGAGGCCGCGGCUAGCAUUUUGCCAUCGCACGUAGCCUGGCAUAAAAGAACAUGCUGCGCCGUAUACACCACGCGGAAAGAAGUACUACCGAUGGAAACAAGCCCGCAAGCCGCCAAAGGUGUUUUCCUCAAAACACAAUUCGCAGUCUUCUACCACUGGAAAAAGCAUAGAAGCGGCAAAGACUACAAGAUCUCCCGGGGACCCGUAGAGAUUCAGGGGAAACACCCGCCGCGCUUCCGCUCCGCGCCGCCGCCAUCGCAUGGUGUUUGUCCCAUUGAUCAAGGUAUCUUACCUACAUUGGACCAGUCGAAUGGCCAAACCGGUCCCUCCCGUUCAAAUUUGAAAGUGGCCGACCAGCUGGUGUCUCAAUCAGUGGACCAAUGA